AUGGAGAGCGCCCACCUGGAUAGGCUCAAUUACGACUUUAGAAUAAAAGACGUCACCACCAUAAGGGACAUCAAUUUGCAAGCCAAGGAAAACAACAUUGAACAUUUUCACAACCAAAUCUUACUAAAUGAAGAAAAGAAUUUUUUAAAAAGAACCGGUUUGUUAUACGGAAGUCAGGAAGUAUUUAAACAUAUAAUGGAUAGGGACAUCGUGGCCAUGUCCAGAAGGUUGCCAGGAAUAAAGAGCAGUAUGUUAUCCCUGGAUGUCCUCCGAAAUUCCAUCGAUCGGAUAGAGGCGCACGAGUAUAUGGAGAAUCUGUCUCACUAUACACUAGAGCCAGUGAGCGAAAUUAUUGAGCGCAAGAUGAAUAUUUAG